CCUGAAGCAAUUUUGAUCUAGUUGGCAUUUCUCACGAUAAAAUUAACCGUGCAUUUCGUGGACAAAAUAUUUAAAAUUACCGUGUUUGGAAUAAUAAUAAAUGGAAAACAAGGAUUCUUUAGACACUAACAAGGCAGAAAUUAAAAAAGAUAGGGGUGAUAAUUUAAAAAGAGUUGUUAAACCUAAAGCUGUGCUUAAGAAAGAUUUGGAAAUCAAACAUUCGGUCAAAGACAGAGGAGACUCUGUACCGAAACCGAUUAGUGAAAAACUAAUUAAUACUAAAAGUACUAAACCUAGUACGUUAAAUAAGAAUUUAGAAAAAAUCUCAGAUGUGACCGAGGGAGGCAAUAAACUUACGAGUAUUUCCAAAAAACUUAAACUUAAUGAAGCAAGUAAAAAUUUUGAUGAAACUCUCGUCAUCAAAUAUAAAAGUCCCAAACAGAAUGAAACAAUAGGUAAAAGCUCUGAUAAAUCUACUCCAGCGAAUUUGAUGAUCGUUAGAAGUUCUGAGAUUAAAGAUAAUGUAAUUUUCAAUACUAUCAAAAACAAGGUAAUAAGUAAAAUUGUAAAUAAAACUGCCAGUAGAAAUAUUAAGCAGCGCGAAGAUAUAAGUAAAAGUUCCUAUAAAUAUAUGGUAACUCAUAAAAAUUCUGUAACAAAACCUAUUAAAGAGAACGUGAUUCACAAAAGCAAUGAGAACAAAAUUGUACACAAAACUACUAAACAGAAUGAAGAACUAAGCAAAAUUAGUCAUAAAUAUGUUCCUGCUUUGAUAACAGAUAAAGAUUCUGUUUCAAAACCUAUUCAAGAAAACACAAUUUCCAAAUACGAUAAAUACGUUGAGAUAAAUAAAGCUUUGCACAAAAGUGUCCUUAGAAAUACUAAACAGGAUGAAAAAAUAAGUAAAAAUUUUGGUAAGCCUGCCCUUAUAAAAUUGGUAACCACUAAAGAUUCAGUAUCAAAAUCGUUUAAAGACAAAGUUUUACCCAAAAAUGCUAAACAAAAUGAAGGAGUAAAAAAUAAUGAUUUUAAUAAUAUCGCCCUCGAAAAUACAAAACCCACUGUGGAAAUAAAUAAGGAUUUUGAAAAAUCUGUACCCAUUAGAAAGAAUAUCGUUGAAAGUGAAAAACAUGUGAAUCGAUUAGACAUCGAUGAAAAGAAACGAAUAAGAGAGAAAUAUACUUUCAAACUGAAAGGUUUUGAUAGAAAUAAAAAACUUGAUGAUAAAAAUAACGCGAAGGAUUCACAGGUUGAAGAUAAGAACGAUAUUUUGACAAACCCUAACAACAAGACGGACAUUAAAGAAAAAGUGAGUGAAAAUACAAAAUCUGAGAGCAUCAAAAUGGACAAAGUUCUUGACCCAACGGAAAAAUCACGAAAGCGUCCAAUAAUAAGGACUAUUAUCGCCAAAAACGAUGCAACCAAAGUUUACAAAGCUGUUAAAUUCGCCGAGCAGAAACGAAAGUCUAAAACAGUACUGCAGAUAAAAAUACCUGUUAUAACAAAAAAUACUAAUUUACCAAACGACGCUGGCGUGGGAAAUAAGGAAUUGCCAAAAUUCUUACCGAAAAGUGAUGAGAACUGCAAGGGAGAUAUAAUAGACCCGAAGAAUUCACAAAGUAAUGAGAAGUAUGAUACGAGUCAACUGUCGAGAAAUAUAAAAAUACCAACCGAGUUAGUGAUAAGGAAUACAAAAGUACCAACUAAUACUCUAUCAAAAACCAGCAAAAUACCAAAGAUACAGAAUAAUGCCGUAAUGAAAAUAACUAGGAAAAUGAGGAUGUCACAGAGCUCUGAAAGCAGGAGUACUGUCAAGACGAAAAUAAGCAAAACAGAGAAGAGAAAGCGAUUGAAGAACAAACUGUCACAUUUCUCGUUAGUUACAGGAAACGGAUCUCCACCAACAGAGGUAGCGAAAUGGGCGCCAAGUUCCAUCAACAAGCACACGCAACCAUACUACGAAGCGUGGGUUGCCACAACCCUAGCAGCUGUCUCAAGGAACUCCAAAAAGAACCAGCAGUUUUAUGAGAACCAGAAACUGGAGAAAUCGUUCGCAACCCUCCUACAAAGGGAUGAAAGUCCUGAGUUGAUGUACGAGAACUAUUUGGAUGAGCGUUAUACUGGAAAGAUAAAAAUAAACAGUAGAUAAUAAACUGAGUUUGUUGUAUUUA